AUCUAAUUUAUUGGCCUUGUUGUUUAAGGUCUAUGCCAGCAUGUCACCAAUCAUCCACAUUGUUAACGUGUCAUCCGCCGAAACAGAGUCUCUGGCAAAUAUUACGGAGGUUCAUGAGGGAUUGGAUUUCUGUGCACAUGGUGAUGGAAGAGAUUCUUUUGGAAUUUUCUCUGUGAAAUUUUCAACAGAUGGACGAGAACUUGUUGCUGGAAGUAGCGAUGAUUCUAUAUAUGUCUACGAUCUUGAAACUAAUAAGCUUUCGCUUCGAAUUUUGGCUCACAGAUCUGAUGUGAAUACUGUGUGUUUUGCUGAUGAAAGUGGCCAUCUGGUUUACUCUGGAAGUGAUGAUACUUUCUGUAAGGUGUGGGACAGACGCUGCUUUAUAUCUAAAGGGAAGGCUGCAGGGAUUCUAGAAGGACAUGUCGAAGGUAUCACGUUCAUUGAUAGUCGUGGGGAUGGUCGAUAUUUAAUUUCCAAUGGUAAAGACCAGACCAUCAAACUUUGGGAUAUCAGAAAGAUGUCCAACAAUGCUACUCACUACAAUAGGCCCAGAAACUAUGAUUGGGACUACAGAUGGAUGGAUUAUCCACUCCAUGCUAAAAAUUUGAUGCAUCCACGUGAUCGAUCUGUUGCUACAUACAAGGGUCAUUCAGUCCUGCGAACGCUUAUCCGUUGUUAUUUCUCCCCGGAAUCUAGCACCGGCCAGAAGUACAUCUACACCGGAUCUCACAAUUCUUGCGUUUAUAUCUAUGAUUUGUUGACUGGAGCUCUAGUUGCAACACUGAAGCAUCAUAAAUCACCAGUAAGAGACUGUAGCUGGCACCCUCAAUAUCCAAUGCUUGUAAGCUCUUCAUGGGAUGGGGAUGUUGUCAAAUGGGAAUUUCCGGGCAGCGGUGAAGCUCCGACUCCUCCGAACAAGAAGAGAGUCCGCAGGCGACAUUUCUAUUGAAAACUGCUGAAGAAAACUGUAAGGCAAGCUCUUUCUGGUGGAUUAUAGCUUGGCAAAUGCAGUAUAUCUUGCUCUGUGAUGCAUGCAUCCUAUCAUACUCUUGAAAAUAAGAUGCAAUUAAUAUGCAUUUUAUAUCUCACCGUUGCAGUAUUUUGUUGGUUCUACUUGACGAAUCUUUGAUAUCAUGUUUCUGUCUAUAAUCUAUGUGAAUAAUAUGAUAUAAUACAUACAUACAUAUAUA